CGCAGCGGCGGCGGCGGCUCGGGAUGGGGAAUCCCGGGCAGCCGGUGCUCAACUUUGCGCGAGCCCCGAGCCGGCGCCCCCCCUCCCCGGCCAGCACCCCGGAGGGUCCCCCCCGGGCCUCCCCGCUGGGAGCCGGGCCGGGCCCCCUGCCCGGCGCUGACAUGGCUGAGUGCCCCUCCCUGCCCGCCGGCACCGCGGCCCCCGCGACCGAGCCCGGGAUCACUGAGCAGCCGGGGCCCCGGAGCCCCCCUCCAUCCCCGCCGGGCCCCGAGGAGCCCCUGGAUGGAGCCAACGCGGACCCCGACGUCCCGCACCCGGACCUGGCGCCCGUGGCUUUCUUCUGCCUGCGACAGACCACCAGCCCCCGCAACUGGUGCAUCAAGAUGGUGUGUAACCCGUGGUUUGAAUGCGUCAGCAUGAUGGUGAUCCUGCUGAACUGCGUGACGCUCGGCAUGUACCAGCCUUGUGACGACAUGGACUGCCUGUCGGACCGCUGCAAGAUCCUGCAGGUCUUCGACGACUUCAUCUUCAUCUUCUUUGCCAUGGAGAUGGUGCUGAAGAUGGUGGCCUUGGGCAUCUUCGGCAAGAAGUGCUACCUGGGCGACACCUGGAACCGGCUGGACUUCUUCAUCGUCAUGGCGGGGAUGGUCGAGUACUCCCUGGACCUGCAGAACAUCAACCUGUCCGCCAUCCGCACCGUGCGAGUCCUGCGGCCACUCAAAGCCAUCAACCGCGUGCCCAGCAUGCGGGUCCUGGUGAACCUACUGCUGGACACUCUGCCCAUGCUGGGCAACGUCCUCCUGCUCUGCUUCUUCGUCUUCUUCAUCUUCGGCAUCAUCGGUGUGCAGCUGUGGGCUGGCCUGCUGCGGAACCGCUGCUUCCUGGAGGAGAACUUCACCAUACAUGGGGACGUGGCGCUGCCCCCGUACUACCAGCCGGAGGAGGACGACGAGACGCCCUUCAUCUGCUCCCUGUCGGGGGACAACGGCAUCAUGGGCUGCCACGAGAUCCCCCCGCUCCGGGAGCAGGGCCGCGAGUGCUGCCUGUCCAAGGACGACGUCUAUGACCUCGGGCCGGGCCGGCAGGACCUCAACGCCAGCGGGCUCUGCGUCAACUGGAACCGCUACUACAACGUGUGCCGCACGGGCAGUGCCAACCCCCACAAGGGCGCCAUCAACUUCGACAACAUCGGCUACGCCUGGAUCGUCAUCUUCCAGGUGAUCACGCUGGAGGGCUGGGUGGAGAUCAUGUACUACGUGAUGGACGCGCACUCCUUCUACAACUUCAUCUACUUCAUCCUGCUCAUCAUCGUGGGCUCCUUCUUCAUGAUCAACCUGUGCCUGGUGGUCAUCGCCACGCAGUUCUCGGAGACGAAGCAGCGGGAGCACCGGCUGAUGCUGGAGCAGCGGCGCCGCUACCUGUCGUCCAGCACGGUGGCCAGCUACGCCGAGCCGGGCGACUGCUACGAGGAGCUCUUCCAGUACGCCUGCCACAUCCUGCGCAAGGCCAAGCGCCGCGCCCUGGGCCUCUACCAGGCCGUGCAGCGCCGGCGCCAGGCCGCGGGCCCCGGCCCCGCCGCCAAGCCCGGCCCCGCCGCCAAGGAGCCCCGGCACUACAAGCUCUGCCCGCGCCACAGCCCCCUGGACCCCACGCCCCACACCGUGCUGCAGCCCCUCUCGGCCGUGCUGGCCGCCGACCCCGCCAGCUGCCCCCGCUGCCGGCCGGACCCGGGCCCCGGCAGCCCCGACUCGGGCCAGGAGGGGUCGGGGAGCUCCCGGGCCGGCGCGGAGGACGACGAGGACGAGGAUGAGGAGGCGGACGGCGGUGCCCGGAGCAGCGUGGACGGCGACGGAGGCUCCUCGGGGCCGGGGAAGGAGGACGGGGAGGGGCGGGCGGACGGGCCGGCCCGGCUGUGCGGGCGCGUGUGGCGGGAGAUGCGGGCCAAGCUGCGCGGCAUCGUGGACAGCAAGUACUUCAGCCGGGGCAUCAUGACGGCCAUCCUGGUCAACACGCUCAGCAUGGGCAUCGAGCACCACGAGCAGCCUGAGGAGCUGACCAACAUCCUGGAGAUCUGCAACGUGGUGUUCACCAGCAUGUUCUCCCUGGAGAUGCUGCUGAAGCUGGCGGCCUUCGGCCUCUUCGACUACCUGCGCAACCCCUACAACAUCUUCGACAGCGUCAUCGUGGUCAUCAGCGUCUGGGAGAUCGUGGGGCAGGCAGACGGCGGGCUGUCGGUGCUGCGGACCUUCCGGCUGCUGCGCGUGCUCAAGCUGGUGCGCUUCAUGCCCGCGCUGCGGCGCCAGCUGGUGGUGCUCAUGAAGACCAUGGACAACGUGGCCACCUUCUGCAUGCUGCUCAUGCUCUUCAUCUUCAUCUUCAGCAUCCUCGGGAUGCACAUCUUUGGCUGCAAAUUCAGCCUCCGCACGGACACGGGCGACACGGUCCCCGACCGGAAGAACUUUGACUCCCUGCUCUGGGCCAUCGUCACCGUGUUCCAGAUCCUCACCCAGGAGGACUGGAAUGUCGUCCUCUACAAUGGCAUGGCCUCCACCUCCCCGUGGGCCUCCCUCUACUUUGUGGCUCUCAUGACCUUCGGCAACUACGUGCUCUUCAACCUGCUGGUGGCCAUCCUGGUGGAGGGCUUCCAGGCGGAGGGUGACGCCAACCGGUCCUACUCGGAUGAGGACCAGAGCUCGUCCAACAUGGAGGACCUGGAGAAGCUGCAGGAGGGCCUGGAGGGCGGAGAUCCCAAGCUCUGUCCCAUCCCCAUGACCCCCAACGGGCACCUGGACCCCAGUCUCCCUCUGGGCGGACAACUAGGCCCUCCCGGGGCAGCCGCCCCCACCCCCCGCCUCUCGCUGCAGCCAGACCCGGUGCUGAUGGCCUUGGGCUCCCGCAAGAGCAGUGUCAUGUCGCUGGGCAGGCUCAGCUCCGACCAGCGCUCCCUGUCCAGCUCCCGGAGCUCCUACUACGGGCCGUGGGGCCGCAGCGGGGCCUGGGCCAGCCGCCGCUCCAGCUGGAACAGCCUCAAGCACAAGCCGCCGUCGGCGGAGCACGAGUCCCUGCUGUCGGCAGAGCGCGGCGCGGCGCGGGCAGGCGAGGGGCCCCGGGAUGAGGGGCCGGCCCGGGCCGCGCCCCCGCACGCCCCGCACGCGCACCACGCGCACCACGGCGCGCACGCGGCGCACCGGCACCGCCACCACCGCCGGACGCUGUCGCUGGACACCAGGGACUCGGUGGACCUGGCCGAGCUGGGGCCGGCCGCGGGCGCGCAUCACCGGGCGGCCUGGAGGGCGGUGGGGCCGGGGCCGGGCCACGAGGACUGUAACGGCAGGAUGCCCAGUAUCGCCAAGGACGUUUUCACCAAGAUGGGUGACCGGCAUGACCGUGGGGACGACGAGGAGAUCGACUACACCCUUUGCUUCCGAGUCCGCAAAAUGAUUGACGUCUACAAGCCUGACUGGUGUGAGAUCCGCGAGGACUGGUCGGUCUAUCUCUUCUCCCCAGAGAACAGGUUCCGUGUCCUGUGUCAGACCAUCAUUGCCCACAAACUCUUCGACUACGUGGUCCUGGCCUUCAUCUUCCUCAACUGCAUCACCAUCGCCCUGGAGCGGCCCCAGAUCGAGGCUGGCAGCACCGAACGCAUCUUCCUCACUGUGUCCAACUACAUCUUCACGGCUAUCUUCGUGGGCGAGAUGACCCUGAAGGUGGUCUCGCUGGGCCUGUACUUCGGGGAGCAGGCUUACCUGCGCAGCAGCUGGAAUGUGCUGGACGGUUUCCUCGUCUUCGUAUCCAUCAUUGACAUCGUGGUGUCUGUGGCCUCUGCUGGGGGAGCCAAGAUCCUGGGCGUCCUCCGGGUCCUGCGACUCCUGCGCACCCUCCGACCCCUGCGUGUCAUCAGCCGGGCGCCUGGGCUCAAGCUGGUGGUGGAGACGCUCAUCUCCUCCCUCAAGCCCAUCGGCAACAUCGUGCUCAUCUGCUGCGCCUUCUUCAUCAUCUUCGGCAUCCUGGGGGUGCAGCUCUUCAAGGGCAAGUUCUACCACUGCCUGGGCGUGGACACCCGCAACAUCACCAACCGCUCCGACUGCGUGGCUGCCAACUACCGCUGGGUCCAUCACAAGUACAACUUCGACAACCUGGGCCAGGCCCUGAUGUCCCUCUUUGUCCUGGCAUCCAAGGACGGCUGGGUGAACAUCAUGUACAACGGGCUGGACGCUGUGGCUGUGGACCAGCAGCCGGUGCCCAACCACAACCCCUGGAUGCUGCUCUACUUCAUCUCCUUCCUGCUCAUCGUCAGCUUCUUCGUGCUCAACAUGUUCGUGGGCGUGGUGGUGGAGAACUUCCACAAGUGCCGGCAGCACCAGGAGGCCGAGGAGGCGCGGCGGCGCGAGGAGAAGCGGCUGCGGCGGCUGGAGAAGAAGCGCCGGAAGGCCCAGCGGCUGCCCUACUACGCCACCUACUGCCCCACCCGGCUGCUCAUCCACUCCAUGUGCACCAGCCACUACUUGGACAUCUUCAUCACCUUCAUCAUCUGCCUCAACGUGGUCACCAUGUCGCUGGAGCACUACAACCAGCCCACGUCCCUGGAGACGGCCCUCAAGUACUGCAAUUACCUGUUCACCACGGUCUUCGUGCUGGAGGCGGUGCUGAAGUUGGUGGCCUUCGGCCUCAGGCGUUUCUUCAAGGACCGGUGGAACCAGCUGGACCUGGCCAUCGUGCUGCUGUCGGUCAUGGGCAUCACGCUGGAGGAGAUCGAGAUCAACGCGGCGCUGCCCAUCAACCCCACCAUCAUCCGAAUCAUGCGUGUGCUGCGCAUCGCGCGGGUGCUGAAGCUGCUGAAGAUGGCCACGGGCAUGCGGGCGCUGUUGGACACGGUGGUGCAGGCGCUGCCCCAGGUGGGUAACCUGGGCCUGCUCUUCAUGCUGCUCUUCUUCAUCUACGCCGCCCUGGGGGUGGAGCUCUUUGGGAAGCUGGUCUGCAACGAUGAGAACCCGUGUGAAGGCAUGAGCCGGCAUGCCACCUUCGAGAACUUCGGCAUGGCCUUCCUCACGCUCUUCCAGGUGUCCACUGGCGACAACUGGAACGGGAUCAUGAAGGACACACUGCGGGACUGCACCCACGAUGAGCGCAGCUGCCUGAGCAGCCUGCAGUUCGUGUCGCCGCUCUACUUCGUCAGCUUCGUGCUCACGGCCCAGUUCGUGCUCAUCAACGUGGUGGUGGCCGUGCUCAUGAAGCACCUGGACGACAGCAACAAGGAGGCCCAGGAGGACGCCGAGAUGGACGCCGAGCUGGAGCUGGAGCUGGCCCACGGCCUGGGCCCCGGCCCGCGGCCCCCCACCGGCUCGCCAGGGGUCCCUGGCCGAGGGCCCGGAGGGGUGGGCGGCGGGGGUGACCCCGAGGGCCGCCUGUGCCGGCGCUGCUACUCUCCAGCCCAGGAGAACCUGUGGCUGGACAGCGUCUCUUUAAUCAUCAAGGACUCCUUGGAGGGAGAGCUGACCAUCAUUGACAACCUGUCGGGCUCCAUCUUCCACCAUUACUCCUCUCCAGCGGGCUGCGACAAGUGUCACCACGACAAGCAGGAGCCCGCCCCCAGUGACCAGCGUGGCCGCCCGCAGGUGCAGCUGGCCGAGACAGAGGCCUUCUCCCUGAACUCCGACCGCUCUUCCUCCAUCCUGCUGGCCGACGACCUGAGUCUUGAGGACCCCCUGGCCUGCCCCGCCGGGCUUAAGGACCCCAAGGGUGAGCCAGAGCCCACGCGAACAGGAGACCCGGGUGAGUGCGUCUUCCCCCUGCCCAACACAGCCGCGUCCUCGGGCCGCGAGAGCUGCCUGUGUGAGAUGGAGCCCGUCCCGCUCAACCCCGUCCAUGCCUGGCUGAAGCAGGAGAGCAGCCACGCAGCGCCCCCGAGCCCCUUCUCCCCGGAUGCCUCCAGCCCCCUCCUGUCCAUGCCAGCCGAGUUCUUCCACCCAGCCGUGUCCGCCAGCCAGAAGGGGCAGGAGAAGGGGGCUGGCCCCGGGGCCCUUCCCAAAAUCGCGCUGCAGGGCUCCUGGGCCUCGCUGCGGUCCCCCAGCGUCAACUGCACUCUCCUCCGGCAGGCCACCGGCAGCGACACCUCGCUGGACGCCAGCGCCAGCAGCUCGGCUGGCAGCCUGCAGGCCACGCUGGAGGACAGCCUGACGCUGAGCGACAGCCCGCGGCGCGCGCUGGGGCCCCCGGCCGGGCCCUCGCCCUGGGCGCCGCGGCGGCCCAGCCUGCGCGGGCGCGGGGGCGCGUGCCGGCUGCGGGGGCUGCGCGGCCACCAGCGCAGCUACAGCAGCGGCGGCUCCACCAGCCCGGGCUGCGCGCGCCGCGACUCGCUGGACCCGUCGGACGAGGAGGGCGCGGGCCGCGCGCCGGGCGCCGAGCCCCCCGAGCCGCUCAGCAGCCUGUCGCUCACGUCGCUCUUCUGCCCCGCGCCGCCGCCGCCCCCGCGCAGGGUCCGCAGCAGCGGCCGCCUGGCCCCGGGCCCCCGCGCCGCGCCCCCCGCCCUGGCCCGCAGCCCCUCGUGGGCCGCCGCCGCCGCGCGCGCCAAGGACCCGGCCCGCGCCGACCCGCAGCCCGGGGGCCCCGGCGAGGGCUGCAGCGGCCGCAGCAAGAGAUGAGGCCGGGGGGGCGCGCCCCCCACUUGCUUACCUCAGGAGCCGGGCAGACAGCAAUACUCCCCAGCGGCCCGCAGGCCUGCGCGCUCGCGCGGACGGACGGACAGACAGACAGACAGAUAUAUUUAUUUUUCUUACCGAGAGCGUAGUUCUUCCGGAGGGGGGCAGCUGAGGGCCAGGCCUGGGCAGCUGCUGAGGGCCCGGCCCGGCCGCAAGGGUGGGGGGAGCUGUUCGCAGACUUGCAGACUUCCUCGGGGGGCAACCAGCCCGACGCAGAGGUGAAAUUCAGGGUGCAUUUUGGGUUCCACCCCCCAACCUUUAAAGAGGACACGCUGCUAAGGCCGGGCGCACCCCCUGCCCCGCGUGUCGGGGUGUCCCCACGUCUGUGUUCCCGACCGUCCCCCUGUCCCGAGCAGUGUCCGUAGACGCCCCGGAGCGCCCCCAGUGAGCCCAGAGCUAGUCCUUACUCUAGAAAACCCGCAGGUCAUCGUAGUCCCUUCCAGGGUGCGGCGGAGACCCCCCGGAGGGCGCUUGGCUGGAGCCAGCCAGCUUGAGCCCCGCCUGGCAGUCGAGGGGUGAGCAGACCCCGGGAGGUUCUAAGCAGAGGUGAUGGCGGGGUGGGGGCCACCCCCCAAAGUCCCUCCACACCCUUUUGUCCCCCACAGCCAGCCGGGUUUCCCCCCUUCCCCUCACCCCUGCACCACUUUUCCCAACUGUUGUGUGGGCACUCAGCCCGCCACCCUCUCACUGGUCUUAGAUUUGUUUGGAAAAUGCGCUGGGUGGGCCCUGGGUGCGAGUGCCCGGCCACAGCCACGGCGAGGGGUGUCCAGGGGAGCGUGGGUGGAGGGGCGCUGGUGGGGGGGGAGGCGCUCCGGGCCUCGGCCACCAGGGGCCCUGGCUCAUUUCGGACCCGCACCUGAGCCGGGUUUGGGCAGAACGAUCGUGGAGGCGUGGGUGGGUGGGGGGGCGUCUGCCCAGGGCUCAAGGCUGCUGGGCUCAGAGGCAGAGCCCGGCCGUGGCCCCCGAGCCUCUGCCUGACCCCCUUCCCCAGAAGGUCAGAUAUCGGGGGUCUCCCAGGAAGCUGCCUGAAUGCAGUGGCCCAGGGGCCCGGUUGGUGGCUUCAGUGUAGAGAGCUUGGAGGUCCCCUCGUUUCUGUGGGGUUUUGUUCUGGGGCUCAUCUGGGGGGCCCAAGGGCCCACACAGGCCUGGGGUAUGUCAGCAUGCUGCGGGGAGGGGGGCGUGGCCCGGCCGUGGGCGAUGUGGACCAUCCAGUGCUCAGACCAGGAUCACUGACCACAGGGGCCUGCAGGGACCCCCCCACCCGCCAGCCAGGCCUGUCUGACACGAAGCCCCCUUCACCUGAACUGCGUGACCCCAGAACCAGCAGAUGGGGUGGGGGGGCCAAGGCCCGGGGGGGGGGGGCGGCACAGGGGCUCAUUCUCAGAGCACCUCCCCAACGCGGAUCCCAGGAGCCAGUCUCGUCCUGCCACCACGAGGGGCUGGGCCCCCCCCCACCCCGAAGCCACGGGGGAGGAAGGGGCCCCGGGUGCUCGGCACCCCCCCUCCCCUGCCGCCUAUCCGUCACAAAAGCACAAUCUCAGCCCCGCGGCGCCUGGAGCCUAUUCGCAGGGCCCUCGGGCUGGGUCAGCACAGAGCAGCCAGGCGCGGCCCCUCGGGGCCACACCCCUUCCUGUCCAGGCUGGAGGAGGACGAGGAAGCGUGCAGUCUCUACCUGUCGGCCCCGCCCUCCCCCUGGAACCUUCUGUGUUCAGGACCGCCUCUGGCCCCCUUUGCUGCGCUGUGUAAGGGCUCGGGUCUUAGAAGCCGCUGUUCCGCCCAGAUACACAUACUCUUUUCUUCCUGUCUUUUGUGCAAUAAUCAGUGUUCCUGGCAGAGCCCGGGCUGAGCCGGGGGGCCCGCCUCCUCCAGGCAGUCCUCCGCCCGGCCCUGCGCUGUGACUCUUGCACUUCCAGUCGCUGUACAGUUUCUAUGGUGUGAAUGAGCCCCUGCCCCAUCCCUAGUUGCUGCCGUGCUGGUACCUGCCGGCCCAGACCGCCCCGGGGUAGAGAAACCCGUGUUGUUUUGAAUAAAAACCCGGAAACCUA